CCCCAUAACUACGUAGUUUCUGAGGACGUAGUCCCUCCACGUCUCACUGGCCCUGCCACAGCCGGUAACGAAAUAGGAAGAUGGCUGCGGUGGAGCGUCCGCCAGUGAAAGAGGGAGUACGGAUUGGGCUUCUGUGUGUUUGCUGGUAUACAGUCAGUUCGGGGGGCAACGUCGUCAACAAAAUAAUUUUAAAUGGAUUCCCUUAUCCCGUCACCGUCUCUCUGUUCCACAUUUUCUCCAUUGUCAUUUUCUUGCCCCCGCUGUUGCGUGCUUGGGGUGUCCCGAAAACAGAACUACCAGCCAGAUACUAUCGGUGGUAUAUCCUACCACUGGCCUUUGGGAAAUACUUCGCAUCUGUCUCUGCCCAUUUCAGCAUAUGGAAAGUGCCCGUGUCCUAUGCGCAUACUGUCAAGGCCACCAUGCCAAUCUGGGUUGUCUUGCUAUCAAGAAUCAUCAUGAAGGAGAAGCAGAGCACCAGGGUGUAUGUGUCGCUCAUCCCGAUCAUCGGCGGGGUUCUGCUGGCCACGGUCACCGAGCUCUCCUUCGACCUGUCAGGACUCAUCAGCGCUCUGGCGGCCACCCUCUGCUUCUCCCUGCAGAACAUCUUCUCCAAGAAGGUUCUGCGGGACACAAGAAUCCACCACCUGCGACUGCUCAACACCCUCGGCUUUAACGCCGUCAUGUUCAUGCUACCCACCUGGAUCCUGGUGGAUCUCUCCUCCUUCUUGGUGGAUAACGACGUGGCCGAGAUGAGCAACUGGUCGGGGACCCUGAUGCUGCUGGUGAUCAGCGGCUUCUGUAACUUCGCUCAGAACGUCAUCGCCUUCAGCGUCCUGAACCUGGUCAGCCCGCUCAGCUACGCCGUGGCCAACGCCACCAAGAGGAUCAUGGUCAUCACCAUCUCUCUGCUCAUGCUCAGAAACCCAGUCAACUCCACCAACGUCAUGGGCAUGCUGACGGCCAUCCUGGGCGUAUUCCUCUACAAUAAGGCGAAAUAUGAUGCCAACAAGGAAGCCAAGAAGUUGUUGCCCGUGUCCAAACAGGAUAUGGGAGGGUUUGACCAUAUAGGGGGGGACAAGCCCCUGUCCAACGGUUCAGUGCCUUUCACACAAGGUUCAGACUCGCUGUAUGGACGCAGCAACGUACUAACUGACCACUUUCAGUACAGCCGACAGGCCUACACGACAAACUACGCAGCCAACCAGUACGUUGUGUGAUGUCUGACGGACGUACCUUUCAGCACAAGCUACUGACGAGAUGCCCUGAAGGGGGCGCUCUUUUCAACAUCCUGCUUUGUAUAAAGAGGGGUGGCACUGCGGGGAAAGGCAUUGGCCUUACAGCAUGGGGAUACUUAGACUUCACUAGUCUGCAAACUGUAACAUUUCCUAAGGUUUAUUAUUUAUUUAUUGUACAAUGGACAUUUGGUUUACUUUUAUCUUAAAUCUGUGUGCAACAUAAUUGUUACAGUGGGGGAACGGUAUGUAAGUGGGAGAGACUUAUUUUAACGUCAAUAGAAUGUAAUUAAUCAAGGAUUUUUUGCACCUCCACAUUUCUGAAGGCAAAGACAAAGCCAUGCUGAAAAUGACUGACCAUUUUUGUAAGCGCUGUCCCAUAGCUGCAACAGGAAUGUUGUCCGUCUGUCCGCCGGUUUUGUCAUGCUAACACGAAAGACUGCGUGUGGGUGUAGCUCUGUGCUGCUCUCACUCCAGUAUAAUGUUUCUGAUCUCAAAAGCUUGUUAAAAUAUGCUUGAUAAUGUCUUUUUUUUGUUUGUUUGUUUGUUUGUUUGUUUGUUUAGUUGGUUGGUUGAUUUUGUUCAUUUUGAAAAUUGUAAGCGGUACAGAGGGUAUGUAAUUAAAUGAUCCUGGGUGGGUUUUUUUAUAGGUCUGCUUAUCUGUAAUUCGGAACACUUGACUGUAGAUAUGCGGCCGUGUUUGUCGGGCAACGCAGCUUUAAUAUCACCUUGUGACGCGCUCCACCUGUUGGGCGUGGAGUGUGUCCAGGAAAUGUUGACGUGGAUAAGCUCAGUUUCUUCCCUCUAGACUCACUUUUUAAUUUGUGCCAAGAGUGUUUCUUAAGAAGACUUGUAAAUUCACAAUAAGUCGUAGAACUUGACAUUAUAAAGAUGGAACUAUGUCAUCCUGCGUCAUAGCCAUA